GGCUCCCCCACCACGACAAGGUGGUGUCCGAGGGGAGUUCCAACUGAAUACUCAGCACGGAGUAAUCACUAUCUCCCAACGAAGUUUGUAAUUAUGUACGAAAGGCCUCCAUGUUGGGCAUCCGAAAACUGGAAAAGAACGAAAUAUUUUGGUGGUUCAGCUCCAACAGUUUGCCCCGAACCUUCAUUGCGAUCAUAAUUUUGGCGAAAUCUAGGGUGUUUGAACUUAUCGCAGAAUUGAACAUAAUCACUUUCUCGUUAGUUACAGCUAACUUUCAAAUAUCGGCGUGAGAAAUAUACGUGAUUUCGACCAUGGACAAACCUUAUCCAUAUUGAUUUAGUUUAGGAAUAAUUGGCUGAAAAUGUGUUGGAAAACCACAGUUAAUGGAUAAUCGAGUUGGUGGUAAAAAUCUACUAUCAUCGGGGUUUGAAGGUUAAUAUUGUUCUGAAACCCAAAUAAGGUUCACUUUUUUAUACUGCGACUGUAGAACACGAACAUUAUAUUCAGCUGAUAGUGAGCAACUGCCAAUCCAAAAGUUACCAUUCCAAAUUUAGUUAGCCUUUCUUAGAGAUUUGCAUUCGUUAAGUACGCGCGCAAUAAAAAAUACUUUCUUAAGGAAUUCUGGUGAGACUAUUUAAAAAUGCUAUCAUCGCAUGCUGAUCAAGCAAUUGAUGUAUUUCAACGAGGAUCUGCGUGUUAUGUUAAUGACUUAAUUGUGAUUGAUAUUGCUGAUGAUUAUGAGCAUGCAGACUCUUCUGUGGAAUAUGCUUUGGAAAACGUCUUAUAUAAACCCUCAAAGCCAGAUGAGGAUGAAGAUUUCGAAACCCUACAGGAACUGUUCAAUUCUAUCUAUACACAAAACUGCAGUUGCACGGAUUCUCUAUGCGACUCCCCAAGGGUAUGUUCUCAUGGUGGAAACUAUAAAAUAUUGAUAACCUCAAGUGGUCAGAAGCAACUAGUGCUAAACUCCAAUCGACCAUGCCAAGAUCUAAUUUAUGAAUGUUCUGAGAAUUGCAAUUGUUCACCUACUUGCUGCAACAGACUAGUUCAAUAUGGACCACGUAAAGGUCUCGAAAUUAUCGACAUAACUCUCAACAACAUGGAACAAAAAGGACUUAUCACCACUAGGACGAUACCGAAGGGAGCUUUCAUUUGUGAAUAUGCUGGAGAAGUUCUGACGAAAUCCGAAGCGGCAAGACGUCUUUCAAGAAAUAAAGUUAAUAAUAGAAUGAAUUAUAUAAUUUGUCUCAAUGAAACUCCAACAGAAUCUGGUCAAGAUAGAUUGCAAACAUUUAUAGAUCCUACCGAAAAGGGAAAUAUUGGGCGAUAUCUUAACCAUAGCUGUGAUCCCAAUUGUGAAAUAUUAAGUGUACGGGUAGGCGGUCCAAUUCCACGUUUAGGAAUAUUUGCUAAGAAGGACAUUGCAAGUUUAGAUGAAUUAACUUUUCAUUACGGUGGUGGUCGGCGGGAGAGUCAGGAGAAUCAAAACGAUCGCAUUUUUUGUUGCUGUGGAUCUGCAAACUGUGAAAAAUAUUUGCCGAAUUUCGAUUUUUAAAAAUAAAUAUUUAAAAGGAUGGAUUAUCUUA